AAUCGAUGAUACCUCGGUAAAUAGAGUGACCAUGGAACUAAAACACAAACAAUUUCAGUCAUUGAGAAAAUAAAAUGUAAACAAAAAAAUGCUCUUAUAUAUUUUAAGUCCUAAAAAUUAGUUGGGUCACUUUUAAUUAACAUUUCACACUGGAAAAUUGGGUGAGUUAAAAUGUACUGAAAAUAUUAAUUUAAUUGCAAACUAGCACUUUUUAUCUUAUAAAUCCUUUAAUUUUUAAUUUCAAUUAUCAAGAUUCAAGUUUAAUAAAACAUUAAAACUAUUGAUUCUAUUUAAGUUUAAGUAUUUAAGCCUUCACUCUACAAUUGGGUAACACUUGUCUUGCACCAUUUAACUUAGUUUAGAUUUAAAAGACUGAUUGUAGCCUCUGUCUGAUGUAGCCUGCUGGCUAUCUGUUGUCAGUGUGGUGAAGGCCAUUUCAGGAUUAAUUUUCAGUAUAAUUUAGAAAUAAAGUGUUAGCUCUCUUUUCUUAAGUUAAAUUGUAAAUCUUACAGUCUUACAAUAAAGAAUAAAGUAAAGUUACACUACUCAAGACUAGUCUACUGCCUUACUCCCUUACUCUUACUAAGUAAGUAGUAGGUCUUAGUCUUAGUCUUCUUAGACUUACACUUACACUUACACUACUAGAGAAUUAGACUUGGUCCCUUUAAUUUGUAUUGUGUUAUAAGUGUAAUAGUUAAGUAUGUUUUUUUAAAUUAUUAUUAUUCUAUACCUAGUCUAUAGCAUGCAGCUCUUUAGCAACCUGAGAACGACUCAGCCAGUCGGCCACAAAUCAGUUUUGAGUCCGAAAAACAUGGUUCUUGACAGGUUCUUGAAAAUAAAUUUGUCUCUCAAAAUUUUUUUUAAUUAUCAUGCUGCUUUUUUUUGGCUCUUUUGACUAAUGAGUUUGCCAACCACUGGUAUAUAGCAAUAUUAUGACGAAGUAUCAUAUUUAUUUUAUUCAAGUUCAAGCCAAAACUUAACCCUCUUGAGACAGAGCCCUUUUUAGACUGUCUGUGCCAAAAAGAUGAAGCUCUUUUCACAAACUCUGCACUUAAUUACCAAAAAAAUAUAUUAAAAAUGAAUUAAUUACCGAUACUUACCAAAUUUAAAACUAUACUAUAUAUUUUCUUGUAAGGAAUAGAAUAAACUAUUCUUUGUGAAUCAAACUUAAAUGUCAGCAUUUAUGUUAAGGGGCCAUCCCUUCAAUAAAUGAUGUCAUGCAUCUAGGUAAAUGCUUAGGUCAGGGAUUCUUAAACUUUUUGCAGCGCUACAGACCCAUUCCAAUAUAAACAUUAACUCCCCAACCCAAAAAAAAACGUAUAAAUUAUAUUGUAAUAAAAUUUUAAAAAUGAAAAUAAUUCAAAAAUUUAGUUAUUGUAGUUUUAUUUCUUUAAAUCUUUAAUUAACUUUUUAUAAACAAGGAAAAAUAUUACCAAUACAAGUCAUGCGCAAACAAAAUUCACCAGUUUUUAAAAACAACUAGCCAUGGCAGCAAAUACAAUUUUCUGGUCUUCCGCAACUCAGGGCUGGGGAGGUACUUUUACCCCUGGUUAAGAACCACUGACCUAGUGAAAUAUUUCGGACACACGUGCAGUAAUUUGAAAUCCAUGGAAGGUGAAUUUCUUAUGGGUUUGUAAAGGACAGAAGUGAACAGGGAAUUUUUAUAGAUGGGGGGGUGUGUGCAGAAAUUUGUGACGUUAUAUUUGAGGAGGGGGGAGUCUAACUUUUUGUGACUAUUUGUGACAAUGGGGGGAGGGGUAGUCAAAAAUUAGCCAAAUUUGCAUGAGUUUAUUUAUGGAUGACCCCUAAUGAGAUAUCCUGAUUUGCAUAAUUUUUACCUUCAAUUUUUUACACUUAGAAUAAAAUUGUCUUACUUGUAGAAUUUUGUUAAAUUUUAUGACUGUUGAAACCUAAAUAAGGACGCUCCUCCAAACGCUGGUCCCAAAUUCAAAACACUUCAAGCAGUUACUUUGGCAGUUCAGUAAUGUCUUACCAAGUUCAAGUACCGGUACUGUCUGAAAAUGUGUUGCUAAAACACUACCAUAAAACACACAAGUAGCUUUGAAACCGCCAUGACAUGUUCCACCUUGUUGAACUUAUAAACUAAUUUUGACACUCAAUGCAGUAAAAGUUGUUGUAGUUUGCAAUGGUUUCCUAACUUUAAAUGCUUUUGAAAAGCAUAACAUGCUUCCAUUUUACUACGUAAACCUAAUAGAAUAUCACUAUGAUGAUUUUCUGUGUGCUAAGCCCACAGUUUUCAAAAAAUGACUCUGUGUGUAAUCUACAUGUUGUAUUGCACGGACGGGCAUUUACAUCGUUAAGCAUCAGAUUACCCGGCUUGGCACUUUGGACUAAAGAUAUUGGACGUUGACAGUUAUGAGACAGUGUUCAGCAAGCCACUCUAACCAAAGCAUACUGUCAUACAGUGCCUUCAGUAAGUUUGAAGAACGUUUCCUGGCAAAACAUUUGCAGAAUGAACCAGUGCUUGCGGUCUGCGGGCUAUGGUACUGUUAGUUUUAUAUUAUUACAAGCAAGUAGUCUGUUAGACAACUACAUUCAUUUAGAAUCGCAGACAUAUACAAUCACAUCAUCAAUUAUCAUGGCUGCCUGAAAAUUAUACUUUUUGACAUUUGGGACCAGCAUUCAGAGUAUUGCCUAAAUAAGUCCAAAUCCAUAUUUGAAUGAGAUUCAAUGUUAAAAACUGCAUAAAAUAUUAUUCUGGGGCUCAUUAUGCUUUUAGCAUAUUUCAAGGUCACAUAUUAAUUUUUUUAAAGCAUUUACAGGGUCACUAGGUAAACAAAAUAAUGAUAUAAAAUGACAGAACACCGUAAAAUAUCAAUGGCAGCAGCUAUUAAAAUGGUGAGAUGAGCAAGAAAUGCGAGAGGCAAUCUGAUUAGCUUGUAUGAAGACCAGCUAGCCAAUCUGGAAGCUUUUAAUAUUGAGCUGGUAGAUCGGCCUGUCGUCUUUUUCACAAUAACACUCUAGGCCAAUAGAUUGGUCCAGCCGUCUCAAGAGGGUUAAUAUCUUAACUUCAGUUUUCUAUCUAAGCCUUUGUUUUUUAAAUUUAACAUUCAAUUUUGUCAUGCAUAUACUUAAAUCACUUACAACUAUUAGACUUUUUUCUAAGAGGGUUGAAAGGUAGAGAAAACAGAUUAAAUGAUGAAAUUAUUAUACUAAUCAUGACUAAGCUGAUAUUGUUAUCAUGUAAUUUCAGAUUAUACCAUUCGAAUUGGCUCAAAAAUUUUCAUGAAGAAAAACGUACUAUCAAAUUUUUUCCACCAUGGUAACAGAUGAUUCCUCGUCUGACUAUGAGAGUUGCACUAAAGAUAACCAAAGAGAUUCUUUUAGAAGUGACAGAAGUCAUACAAAAAAGCAUAAGAAGCGUAAGAAGAAUAAAGGAGCUGACAAGGAGUGUAAGGACAAACACAAACAUUCGAAACAUUUGUCAGAUGGGGCCAGCCAUUUACACUCAGAGUCACACAGACACAGAAGUCUGAGUAAACUGAAACGCAAGCACAUCUCAUCUAAACAUCAGCAUGUGGACAAAGUGUGCAAACAGAAACACAAGCAUGAUGAAAGUUUUAGUAGUGCAAGUGGAUCUGAGUCAGACCAGAAUGUUCCUGAAAGAGUGACAUCCAGAGAUGAAAGGGCAACAUCACAAUCAAUUUCUAGUGAAAUUGAUGAUGUACCAAUGAGACAUGAACCCUCAGUGGAACUUGAUUACAAUUUUGAAUUCACCAAAUACAAAUAUUCUUUGGGGAAAAUAUUUUUCAGAGACAAUUAUUUUGGCAAAAUUGCAGAAAGGUAAUUUUUGUAAGAAAAUAUUGCAAUUUGAAAUAAAAUAACUUAAAAUUUAAUAAAAAUUCUGAACUGCUGAAUUACUAAGAAAACUAAUUUAUCAAGGUAACCAACAAAGCUUACAUGUGUUUGAUUCAAUAGAGCAAUAGGUAGGGUCAAUGUUGAUAUAGCCAGGAUGGUUUGUUGACAACUCAGUAGAAAACCCAACUUUAUGGGAGACACUGCAAAUUUAUUGGAUGUCAUUGCAGUAGAAGAAGCUUGUUAUAUUUUAUAAGUAUUUAAAGUUUUUAAGUGCAAAUGUUAAUAUAAUGUGACCACGUAAAACAAAUUUAGAUCCAAUGCUUGUACAAAAAUUCAUUCAGUAAAACUUAUAUUACCAUUAACUUAGAAUGCUUUAUCUGAGGAAAUUAUGAAUUUGAAAUAUUUUUCAUUUCAGAGGAUCUCAAGAGCAUGAUGACUUCUGGGCUUUUAUUGCUAGGUUUCAAGAAUUUCAGAGGAAAAAGGCAGAAAAAUUAAACGGUAAUGGGCUUAGACAUUGUCAGCUUGUUGCGUCAAUUACUUCUUUUAACUUGGGUUUUAUUUGAAAUUUAUGCUUUAAAUUUAAAUAAAUAAAUUUGGUGUUCCAGGUACCAAGCCAAAAGAAAAUUAUGACAAAAGAACAGGCCAUCUCAGUCUCCCCCAGAAUUAUGAUGUUAGUUACAGGAUCAAUAUAUCCUUUCUCAGCAAAGACUUUGAUGUUUUCCUGAAGAAAAAUCGACUUGUUGGUUAGUGAGCACUCUUGAUAUUCGCUCCAGUAAUUUACCAGGUUAUUGUCUGUAAACAUGCCAUUUAUUUAUGUUAAUAUAAAGGUUUUGUUAAUUAGAGAUAAUUUAUUUAUUUAUAUUUUUUACAUCCACUCUCCAGAUUACCAGCUAGAGAAAGAGUUGACCAGAGGUCGAAUUCUUCAAUUUCGAUCCAUGAUAAUUCAUUUCUUGGACUUUCAACAAAAACAAAAGGUGAUGUAAAUACUAGCAAAAUAACUUUACAAAACUUUUGGAUGUGAAGAAAGUCGUAAACCUUACUCUUGUUUAAGGUGUCGAGACUUUGAACAUGUUAAAUUCAUUGGAUUUUUCUAUCUUCUCAUAUAUAGUUCCAGAAACUGUAUAAAAUUCGUAAAGAUCAGAGAAAUCUGCCAAUCCAUCAGUAUAAGAAAAAAAUUCUCGAGAUGGUAAAGGAACAUCAAGUUGUUGUAGUCGCUGGAGAUACAGGUUGUGGAAAGUCUACUCAGGUACACUGCAAUUAUUUUAAAGGGGGAAAAUUGGUAACUGUGAAUUUAUAUAGCAGUUAUGAGUCUGUAAUAAUAAGUUAUAAUAAAUCUUAAUAUUAACAUGCAUAAACAAGUAGAUACAUUUUAGAUGAAAUCUAAGGCCUGAACAAAUAAUUUUAUGUAAUCUUGAUGCAGUCUUUAAAAUCUGUUUCAUUUUUAUUUUAUUCACUUGACCAGUCAUUAUGGAAAUUAACAUGCAGUUAAUGUUAAGACUAUUUGAAUGCAUUCAUUCUUUCUUGAUCAUUUCUUUAUGAGACAGUGAAGUUAUCACAUGACAGAACAGAAUACGCAUACAUCUUUGACAUUUUUCUCUGUAAAUGUAGGUUCCUCAGUAUCUAAUGGAGGCUGGUUAUGAAAAGAUAGCUUGCACUCAGCCCAGAAGGAUUGCAUGUAUAUCGUUAUCCAAGCGGGUUGGCUAUGAAACUCUUAAUGAAUAUGGCUCCCAAGUAGCUUACCAGGUAAUUUGGCAGAUUCAUACUAUCUUUUUCACUUAGCAUUCGUCCUCUGUCAAGUGUGAAACAUUGACCCAGUCUAAGGUUAACCAGACAAAUGUGAUAUUUUGUAAGAAAAAAAAAGAAAAAAUGAGUUUUAAGCAAGAUAUUUAGAUUGACGUUGAGUAAUUAUGAUCUGUUACCAAAAGUUUAAUCAUGAUGCCAUUAGAAGUACAGAGCUUAAAAUAAAUAUAAUGAUGAUGCCUUUAGAAGCACAGAGCUUAAAAUUAAUUUAAUGAUGAUGCCAUUAGAAGUACAGAGCUUACAAUAAGUUAAAUCAUGAUGCCAUGAGAAGUACAGAGCUCGAGACUGACAUUUGGCGCCCAUAGUAAAUAUAAAGAAUCGUUACAAUGAAUUACGUCCUAAAUUAUGUUUCACAUUGAAGAGUGCUGUCAUUUUCAACAGGUUCGUUUUGAUAAAAGUAAAACAGCUACAACAAAGAUCUUAUUUCUGACCGAAGGUAAGUCAAAGAAACUUUUUUGUUUUCAUUGCUACAAUAUUUGAAAUAGGGAGAUUCUCACUGUCAUGGUUUCUAGUAAAACAGUACUGGUAUUUAUUAUAAUGGAAUUUGAGCAAAAAGAUGUGACAAUAAUUUUUUAGAUUAUUAUUUAAAUUUAAGUGUCCACUCAAAACUCCAUUACAUUUCUUUAGUUUAGUUCAAAAGACAUUCUUAACUGAACAAUGCAGAAUAAUGAAGCUAUUCUUUCAGCAAAGAGACAGAACAAUAUUUUUUUUUGAAGAGUAUCUUCAUUAUUCUGCAUUGUUUAGUUAAGUAUGUUUUUUUAAACUAAACUAAGCAAAUGCAAUGAAGUUUUGAGGGGACACUGCAUGUAUGUAACUGUCAUUAAGAAACUACUUACUAGUGGUUUAAUGACAUGAUGUUUUAAAUUCUAAUGAAUACUGCUCAGUAAUAUCAGUUCAUGUGUGUUGUAAAUUAUACCAACUAACUCUGUGUAUCCACUCAACAAAAACACUAUGAGUACUUUAACAAUCUACAUUACAGGUCUUCUCCUGCGACAGAUGAGUUCAGAUCCCUUGCUUGAAAUGUAUAAUGUAAUUGUCAUUGAUGAGGUGAGUGUUUCAUUUGGCAAACGGUUAAUAAUUUCUAUGAGUAUUUGUAUUAAUUUUAUGUUUUCCUCAAUUAUUUUAAAAUGUCAAAGAUGGCUUGAAUGAUACAGAAUGUUAUGUUUUACGUAAGGGGCUUGUCUGAAACUCUCUUUGAGAGCUGCUGUGGAACCACAUUUAUAUCUGAGUUCUCACAACACAUAAGACAAAUAGGAGACAAAUAUGAGCAUUUCCACAAUUUCUCUAUCUCAUAAGCCCACAAGAUUUGUACCCAUACAGACUUCUUACCACAUAGAACAACAACAUUUACAGAUUUCUUGAUAUCCUAGGUCCAUGAACGUCACAUCUAUACAGACUUUCUGCUUGGGGUUCUCAAGUGUAUCCUGAAGCAGAGAAGUGACCUGAAGCUGGUGCUAAUGUCUGCCACAAUUAACAUCAACCUAUUUUCUCAUUACUUCCACGACGCUCCAGUCAUGAAGGUAGCGCAAAAAAAAAAAAAAACAGGGUUACGAUGGCUGGGGGUUAUUUUUAUUAGUUGUUUUUAGAUUGUAGCCGAAAUUAAAGGAAAUGCUGGGACGAUACUAAGACUUUCUGCUUGGGGUUCUCAAGUGUAUCCUGAAGCAGAGAAGUGACCUGAAGCUGGUGCUAAUGUCUGCCACAAUUAACAUCAACCUAUUUUCUCAUUACUUCCCCGACGCUCCAGUCAUGAAGGUAGCGCAAAAAAAAAAAAAAACAGGGUUACGAUGGCUGGGGGUUAUUUUUAUUAGUUGUUUUUAGAUUGUAGCCGAAAUUAAAGGAAAUGCUGGGACGAUACUUUUGACUGCAGGAUCUUUCAAAGUAUAAUAUAUAAGGGAUAAUAUGUGCUUGAAAAUAAAAGACAAGACAAUUAAACGGAUAUUUCGGUUAGAUGCCUUCUUCAGCAGAACAUAUUUUGUUCAACAAUUUAUUUAGGAUCUUACAACUUAUCAUAUGAUUUUAUUUUUUUAAAGCUGUUCUGUCAUUUGUUAUAUUUUAGAAAAUUUUCACCAAGGCAAACUUAACUGAUUUUGUUAAAGAGACAUAAUAUGCUACAAUAGUAUAAAUGUAAAUAUCACUUUGUAAGUGUAGAAUAUUUCAUGGUAACCACUUAGAGACAGUGGCAGAAAUGUAAAUAUCACUUUGUAAGUGUAGAAUAUUUCAGUCCAACCACUUGAAUGAAGUCCUGGCAAAAGAAAAUAUCAGAAAAUCAUGUUGAUUUAUAAAAUUGACACAACUGAUGACUAUUCAAAUAAAAUUAUUUAAAUAUUUUAAUUUAGGUACCAGGUCGGCUGUAUCCCAUAGAACUCGAAUACUGCCCUGUCAGGAAAGAUGACUCUAGUGAUACUAAACGCCUCGACCCAACACCAUAUUUGCGUAUCAUGCAAAGAAUAGAUCACAAGGUAUUUACUAUCAUUUUGUUAAAUUGACAAUUACCUAUGAUUAUAAAAAGUCGUAGCAAGAUUUUUAGCCAUAUUUUCUUUCUACUCAUCGUUAGAAAAUAAAUUAUUAAAGUAAUGGACACGAAAAUCGUAAGCUAGUUAUUUUAUUGAAAUUAAACAGAAUUUUAUACUGGAUUUAUUCAUUUUGGUUUCAUAUUUAAAAUAGCAUGGACACAAGCGCUAUAAAAGUAUUUAAUCAAUCAAUCAAUAUUUGCAUAUAGAUUAACAAAGUUUUUGUUUUUCAAAUUUAUUAGUUAAUAGAAUGUAAACUCAUAUUAAUAUAUGUAUCAAAGGCAAUAACAUUGAAAAACAAACUAUUCCAUUUUUCAUUUAACUUUAGGUUUAAUAUAUAAGUUGUCCAUAAAGUAAUACCAAUCUGAAAUACCUCUCACUACUUUGUUGUAAAAGCAUAUAUUUAUUAACUCCCUUAUCUACUAGUACCCUGCUUCAGAAAGAGGUGAUCUCCUCAUUUUUCUCAGUGGCAUGUCUGAAAUAAUGGCAGUUGUAGAGGCUGCCAAGGCAUACGCCCUGCAGAUGAAACAAUGGAUUGUCCUUCCCUUACACAGUGCUCUCUCCAUCGAAGAACAAGAUAAAGUGUUUGACUAUGCACCUCCUGGUGUACGCAAGUGUAUUGUGUCAACAAACAUAGCGGAGACCUCUGUCACCAUUGAUGGUGUCCGAUUUAUUGUAGAUUCUGGAAAGGUAGGCAGUUUCAAUCCAGCUUGUAUUGAGUACAUAAAAUAAUGUUCACUGUUAUAGCAGUGAACCGUCUAGUUAGAACCCAAAGUUCUUGUUACCUAAGAAUCAAGACGAAUUCAUUUUUAGUAUUAAAUGUGAUUAUGAUUUGAAACGUGUCAAUUUAAGGUGAAAGAAAUGAGCUUUGACCCCAAGUUCAAGAUGCAAAAGUUGCAAGAAUUUUGGAUCAGCCGUGCAAGUUCUGAGCAGAGGAAAGGCAGAGCCGGUGAGUUGAUGUUGAAUGAAAAAAAACAAGUCCGCUGAAAUUGCACAAGGAAAAUGUACCAGUUCAUGCUGUAUCUGGGUAACGUUUAUUUAUUUCGCCUGAGAUGGGAAUCAUAAACACUUAUUAUAUAACAUGAAAAGUUACUGUCUGGAUAGACAGAUCUAAGUACUUGUCAAUAUGAUGAUAAUUUUUUUUGAUGUAAUUAAACGUAUAAUUUUCUAUAAUUAGGUCGAACUGGGCCAGGUGUAUGCUUUCGCCUAUAUGAUGAAUCGGAUUAUAAUUCGUUUGAGGAGUAUGCAACACCAGAGCUUCAACGAGUUCCUUUAGACUCUCUCAUUCUACAGAUGAUAUCCAUGGGACUUCCAGAUGCUAGAAAGUAAAUUUCUUGUAGUUUUAAUCUUCUUUCGGGCUCUUAAACUUUUUACUCUUUUUAAAACCAAAAUUUAAAAAACAUGACAAAUUUUGUUUUGCAUAUUCUGUCAAGUUUCAAGUUUGAACGGGCCAUGGGUUGCAAGUUAAUGCUUUGUGCUGCCACACUUUGUAAAACCAUGAAAGAUAAUUACAAACUGCUUUUCAGAUAAUAUUUUUUUGUCAAAUGUCGGUUUAAAAACUUCUGAAUGGUAUGAAUAUAUUUCCAAGUAAAAUAGAGCUGGUCAGUCUCAUGUUUUUUUAAGGAUGUUGUUUUAAAUUAUGCAAAAGAUCAAUGUGAUUUUAAGAAUGAUCUUUUGGGGAUUUCUUUUUUUUAGGUUUCCUUUCAUUGAACCACCGAGCAUGUCUAGCCUUGAGAAUUCAAUCCUCUUCCUCAAGGAGCAGGGUGCACUGGCAUCUGAUGAAAGCUUGACUCCCAUUGGUCAGAUGCUUUCUAUGCUUCCUGUGGAUGUUGUCAUAGGGAAGAUGCUCAUAAUGGGAUCAAUUUUCAAUGUAUGUGUAGAGAAAAAAAAUUAUUGCACCUAACAUUUAUAAACUCUUUUCAACCUUAAUUAAUCUCAGUUAAAAAUAAUUGAAUUAUAAUUAAAUAUAAAUUUUAUAUCAGCACAGGAGAAAAUUAAUGAACUUCUUUUGUUACUAAUAAAACAGAUAUGUUUAUUUUUAUGCUUUUAAAAAUAGAAAAUUUCUUAUUCCUAAAAUAUUUUCCCCAUUAUCCUGUUUCAUUCUUUCUUCCAUUUAAAGAUGAUCGACCCCAUUUUGUCCAUAACUGCAGCCAUGAGUGUCCAGUCACCGUUUACAAAUCGAGCAUACACUGAUCAUGAGGCUCUUGUAAGUCAACAGUAUUCCAAGAUAUUUAUGCAUUCUAUUAACUUGGUUGGUAAAAAACAUUUUCUUAGAGGUCAGAACCUGAAUUAUACUUUUGAUGUAAUCUAUGAAUUAAAUUUUAUUUAGAUUGUACCAAAAUCUCAUUACAUGAUACAUAGGUAAUUGUUUUUAUUGUAUUUGAUAGAUUUUUAUAGUGGGUGAUCACAAUCAAGAUAACACAACUUGCUUUUUUUUUUUUUAAAUGUGUGUGACCUGAAUAGAAUUACUUCCUCUCCAACAGAAGUGGACAGAAGAAGAAGGUGAACACCGAUAAAUGGAAAUGUCAAAUUUUUUUAAUUAAGUCUCAUAAAACACAUUAUGUGUACACACAAUAAAACUUGAUGUUUCUAAUCUACCACUAGACUGCCAGAAAACCUUUGGAAUCUGAUCAUGGAGAUCCUUUCACCCUACUAAAUGCUUUUGAUGAGUGGAUUCAGGUAUGCUCUUUUUAGGGUCAUUCAUUUUAAGGCAUAGACCGACAUUAGAAUAGAACAGGAAGAUAACAUGCCGUUGCCAAAUGUAAUGGGACAAUAUGAGCAAAAUAUGAUAGUACAAUAUAACAUACUGUAAUAUGCCCAAAAUAUGUUUAAAAUUAAAGGAGAACACAAACAAACACAAUUAUUUUUUUUUAAAUACUACAAUGGAACUUUUCUAAGCAUUUAAUUUGUUUACUAAUGAUUCCAAUGAAAAAUAAUUAAACACGAGGUAAGAUUGGGAUCACAAUACUAGUUAUUAUUUUUUAGAAAUUUAACACAAGGCCUAUCUUAAAAUUUGCUGAAAAUCAACCCCUCAUUUCUGAGCAAGUACCCAUAAUUGAUUCUGUCUCUAGGUGAAGGCUCAAGGUCAGGGCACACGCAAGUGGUGCAAACGUCGAGGAUUGGAAGAGCAGAGGUUUUAUGAAAUGAUUAAACUCAAGCGACAGUUUAAAGAUCUUCUCAGGGUAACAUUUAACGAGAGUAAAAGAAAUCUAAAUCAUCAUAAAAGCAGAUUAUUCUAACUGACUGAUGUGAAAAAAGAAUUUAUUCUUAAGAUGUGCUCACCUCCACCAGGCAGGCUGGUCAACCAAUAUUAUAUAAUAUGAGGAGUCCAAUUGCAAACCCUGCUAAGUCAAUUUUUUUUAAAAAUGAGUUAGUGCCCGUGGCCCCUCUAUGAAGUACUAUUUCACAAUAUUUUACUAGUUAUUUAAAUCAAAACCCUCUAAGUUCGCUUAUUUCGCUAGUUAAAAAUAUGAUAAUCUUGCAAAACCUGCUGUUGCAUUGGCUUUCAUUUUCAAACUCUUCUAAGUUACCCGCCAAUGGCAGUAAUUGUUUUAAACAUAAUUUGUGAAAAAGAGCCAAUCACAAUUCAGCUUAGAGGCACAUGACAUUCUUUCGAUAUCAUUGAAGAUGGCUGAACACGACACGAGCUUCAUUACAAUCAGCGAAAACGCUAACAAGUCCCCAUUAAAACUAACAAAAAGAAAAGAACUUCAGAUUCAAAGGUAAGUACAAUAAAAAUAAACUCAUUACUAAAUUUAUUAAAUGCUAGUAAUUGAAAAUGAUAUUUUUAUAUAGGAUGUACAGUGGGCAGUCUACGCUUAGACUGACGCGCGUUUAGGACUAAGAAUAAGACUAAAGUUAUAAAUUACAGUGACACUCGAGAGUCCUGAGACUAGUCUGUGUUUUAGAUUGCUUUUAAAAUGUGCUUAUUCGGAUAGCAGCUUCUAUUUUUCAAUGAAAUAAAAUAUUUAGUGGUUUAGUUACUAAUAAUGUGAAUUUUUGCAACAAUCCCCCCCCCCCAACCUGAACCUCAGUGAACCUGUUAAAAAAAAAAUUAAAAUUAAAAAUACUCACAGGUCUAUUCUGGGCUACUUGUUCUACAUCAAAAUAUUUAUGUUUACUGUACUAUAUUAUUAUACACUAUACCUGAGUUUUAUUUACAUUACUAGGAUAUAGAAAAGAAAAUUAUGAAAGUUUAAAAAUAAAUACAUUAUAAUAAUAUAAAGUUGAGUUGGUUUAGAUCCAAUUUUAAUGCUAAUACUAAUUUUAUUGCCCCAAAGUAGGGACUGUAAUAAAUAUUUUCCUAGAAUUCAUAUUUUUGUUACUGAUUAAUCUAAUAAAUUGUAUCUUUUAUUUUUCACAGACAUUCACAAAAACCAGUUGUGCGAGCUGAUUGUAAACACACAAGAAAGGCUGCCUUUCAGUGUGCAGAAUUAACAAACAUGGACAUGGCACAUUUCAGUGCUAUGUUUUAUAGUCACACAACUAAAAUUGAUCAGGAUAAUGUUAUAGUUGGAAAAAAACAGACCAAGCAAAAACCGAUAACGGGUAAUGAAAAAAGAAGACGAGUGAGAGAUAUGUUUGAGACAACUUUUUUUGUUAUGAAUCAGGAAAAAACGAGGAUACGUGUUUGCAAGGAGUUUUUCCUUAAAUUGUUAGGUAUCGGACGCUCUGGCAUAGAGAAUAUUGCCAAGAAACUUCAGCUUUGUGGUGAUUUAUUAAAAAAAAAAACAAAGGGAGACAAAAAAAGUAUCCUGUAUGGGCCAAAGAGACAAGCAGUUCACACAUUUUUGAAAGGGCUGAAAGGACGAGAAAGCCACUAUGGAAGACUAAAGUCAAGGAAAAUCUAUCUUCCAUCAGAAAUUUCAUCCAUAAAGCAAUUGUGGAAAAUGUAUCUCUCCAGCAAUGCAGACAAACCCGUCAAAUAUGAAUUUUUUAGAAUAAUAUUUAAAAGAGACUUUCGAAUUGGAUUUGGCUCACCAAAGACAGAUGCAUGUUCCUUCUGUGAAAGGAUGAGGAAUAAAAUAAAAGCAGAGACAGUUCCGGACAAAAAGCAGAUGCUUAUAACUGAUUUGAGAAUUCAUAAAAUGAGGGCAAAUGCUUUUUAUGACUUGCUCAAUGAGAAAAGAGGUUUAAAAGUUUUAUGUUUUGAUCACCAGCAAAAUCAGGUGCUUCCUAAAGUACCGGAUCAAAUUGCCUAUUACAGCAGACAGUUGUACAUAUACAAUUUUACAAUUGUAGAAACAAAUAUGUCUGGCACACUAAAGCCAGACAAUGUUUUUAUUUACACAUGGAGAGAGAAUUAGUUUGCAAAAAACAGUUCAUCAUGUGCGAGUGCUGUAUUUCAUGCCCUCCAAAACGCCAACAUGAAUGGAAUUGAUUCUCUCCGUCUUGUGUCAGACGCCUGUGGAGGACAAAAUAAAAAUAGUGCCAUUAUAUACAUGGUAGGACACUGGCUGAUGAAGCAAGCUCCAUCUCAAGUUCAAACAGUUGAGCUGUUGUUUCCUGUCAGGGGACAUUCUUUCCUACCCUGUGACAGAGUAUUUGGUGUUUUAGAAAAAAAAGCUAAGAAAGAAAGAAAGAAUUUAUUCCCCUGAGGAAUACCUUGAAAUUUAUAAAGAACAAGGAAGUGUGCGUGUUGCAGAUGAGGACUGGAAUGUGUUAGACUUUAAGGCAGUUUCUGACACAUGUUUAAAGAAGCCUCUUCCCAUACAAGAAAAUAAAAGAUUUAUUAUAACACGGGGGAGAUAUGUUACAGUUCAGGCUGUACCAAAUUACACACGGGCGAGAUAUGUUACAGUUCAGGCUGAACCAAAUUACACAUGGGGGAGACAUGUUACAGUUCAGGCUGAACCAAAUUACACACGGGGGAGAUAUGUUACAGUUCAGGCUGAACCAAAUUACACACAGGGGAGAUAUGUUACAGUUCAGGCUGAACCCAAUUACACACGGGCGAGACAUGUUACAGUUCAGGCUGAACCAAAUUACACAUGGGGGAGACAUGUUACAGUUCAGGCUGAACCAAAUUACACACGGGGGAGACAUGUUACAGUUCAGGCUGAACCAAAUUACAGAAAUUUUUUAAAUUGCCCUGUUGUAUUUACAAAAAAAGGGACAAUCGUUUUUAAAGAAUGCCAGCUUCAUUGUCCCUGACGUCAAAAUAAAUGAUGCUAAAAAGUCUGACAUAAAAAAGCUAAUGAUGGAGCAUGUUGGGGAUGGCUGGGAUACAGACCCACUAUUCAAGAUACAGACCCACUAUUCAAGAUACAGACCCACUAUUCAAGAUACAGACCCACAAUUCAAGAUACAGACCCACUAUUCAAGAUACAGACCCACAAUUCAAGAUACAGACCCACAAUUCAAGAUACAGACCCACAAUUCAAGAUACAGACCCACAAUUCAAGAUACAGACCCACAAUUCAAGAUACAGACCCACUAUUCAAGAUACAGACCCACUAUUCAAGAUACAGACCCACUAUUCAAGAUACAGACCCACUAUUCAAGAUACAGACCCACAAUUCAAGAUACAGACCCACAAUUCAAGAUACAGACCCACUAUUCAAGAUACAGACCCACUAUUCAAGAUACAGACCCACUAUUCAAGAUACAGACCCACAAUUCAAGAUACAGACCCACUAUUCAAGAUACAGACCCACAAUUCAAGAUACAGACCCACUAUUCAAGAUACAGACCCACUAUUCAAGAUACAGACCCACAAUUCAAGAUACAGACCCACAAUUCAAGAUACAGACCCACAAUUCAAGAUACAGACCCACUAUUCAAGAUACAGACCCACAAUUCAAGAUACAGACCCACUAUUCAAGAUACAGACCCACAAUUCAAGAUACAGACCCACUAUUCAAGAUACAGACCCACAAUUCAAGAUACAGACCCACAAUUCAAGAUACAGACCCACAAUUCAAGAUACAGACCCACAAUUCAAGAUACAGACCCACAAUUCAAGAUACAGACCCACAAUUCAAGAUACAGACCCACAAUUCAAUUUUUUUAAAUCAGUAAUUGCAGAUUCUGAUCAACCUGGACCUUCAUGUAUUGAUUCAGAAGAAGAAGAGUGUGACAGUCUCUGUGAGGAUCUACCUACUGUUAAUGUAUAAAUAUUUUUACCAUAGGCAGGAAGGCGUCCCUACCUUCAAUGCAUUUAUGUUACUCUAAUAUGACCAAAUAAAAUUUCAACCCGUGGUUUGUUGCCCGGGCAGUAAUAAUAAAUUGAAGUAGUUUUUUGUGAUAAUAUUAUAGUAAUUUUAUGUGUUGUGGUCUGUUACUUUUUGGUGGGCUAUAGUAAUUGUAUGUGUUGUUGUCUGUUACUUUUGUUGUGAUAUUGUCAUUUUAUGUGUUGUGGUCUGUUACUUUGUGUUAAGGUACCAUAAUAUACGACUACGGUUCUUCAAAAUCAUGCAGUACAGCACCCCUCUCUAUGUCUAUUAAUUUUGUUGUGGGCUGUCAAAUAUCCCAAGUGAUUUAAACCACUUUCCAAUCCUCUAAGUAUUUUAACCUCUUUCAAAAGCUGCUAAGUAUAUUCUAACCUCUUUCAAAAGCUGCUAAGUAUAUUCUAACCUCUUUCAAAAGCUGCUAAGUAUAUUCUAACCUCUUUCAAAAGCUGCUAAGUAUAUUCUAACCUCUUUCAAAAGCUGCUAAGUAUAUUCUAACCUCUUUCAAAAGCUGCUAAGUAUGUCAACCAUUUUCAAAACCUGCUAAGUGAUAACUUUAUCUUGCAUUAUAAAUGCAAAAAUGACCAUUUAACUAUUUUUUUUAAAUAAAAAAUAUAUACUUUACAGCUAAUCUUGUAACUGGAAAAAAAACAGAAUCCUAGGAUUAGCGAAAUCAUUGUGUUUUAGAAAAAUGCUUUUUUCUCAAAAUCAUUCUCAAGUGACUUAGUAGGGUUUGCAAUUGGACUCCUCAUAAUAGAAGCAAUUUAAAAGUUUCAGGGCUGCUCAACUACACUAUUUACACAUCAACAUUAAAACUUAAAGAAAUGAUGAAUAUUUACUGAUACAUUGUAUUUCAACAAAUAUAAAACAUGCCAUGGUUGAAAUUCAAAAUGAUUACAUUUCUAACAGGAUAAUUCAUUACAGGUACUGCUCUUUAAUUUUAACUAGAAUUUUUUUUUACACAGAUUAUUUAAGUAAAAAAUAUUUCUGCACAGGACCAUCACCUCCUAGAUGGUGGGGAGGACAAGCAGCAGUAUAUGACCAGUGAGGAAAGGAGAGCCAAGCACGGUGAGAGGAAAAGACUUGGUGAUCUGAGGAAAGAAAAGAUGCGUGAGAACAAGAGGAGGAAGGUUCUCACACUGGAAGAUGAAGUAAGGGAUAUUUUAAAUUGGAAUGUCUUAGAGUAGCCAAUAAUAAAGAACCACAAUAUUAUGGUUCUCAUUUAUCUCAGUAUUCCUGUAAAUUUUAUUUCCCCUCUAUUACAAGUUCAUCCACUGAUCAUCCCAAAAACUCACUAUAUUUCAUAUACAUUUCAAAAGCUUGUAUUUCCUUGAAUGAAACUUAUCAAAUGCUGCCUGUCAUUUAUUUCAGGAGUUUAAAAUCAGUGAUGAAGAAGGGGACACAACCAAAGGGAAUGACAUCAAAGACUUGGAGUUUCGUUUGUCCAAUGACUUGAACCAGCUUCAGGUUAGAUUUUGUUCUUGGGACAAUCUUCAGUGAUGCUGGUUGAAGCUUCAGUCAGAAAUGUUAUUUUAUCAAACUUACAUGCUGUACCAAAUUACACACGGGCGAGAUAUGUUACAGUGUGUGGGUUUGAGGGGAAAAAGAGAGGUGGGGAGGGGGUGUUUUAAACUCUUAAUUAGAGACCGAUCGAAAGUGAUUUUCUGAUUUCGGCCGAAGCCGAAAAUAGGCAGAAACUUUAAAAUGACUUUCAGCCGAAACCGAAACUUGACCGAAAGUGAUAAAAUGGCCACUUUCGGUGCCGAAACCGAAGCCGAAAUUCGGUCUGUCUCUACUCUGAAUAGACAUUUAAAUGAAUUUAAAAACUGCCGUUCUAUAAAUCAAUCUCUCUUGUAAUUAUAAGAUUAAAACAAUUUUAAUUUCAAUCGAGCAAAUAUUUUUUUUUUUUAUUGUUCCCCCAAAUUCUCAAUUUAGGCAUUUAGAAAAUUAGGAAUGAGAACAACAAAAAUAUUUUCAGUGUUUGUUCCGGCAAUGCCAAAAAAAAAAAAAAAAAAAAAAAUUUUUUUUUUUAUUGUUCCCCAAAAAUCUCAAUUUAGGCAUUUAGAAAAUUAGGAAUGAGAAAAAAAAAAAUAUUUUCAGUGUUUUUUCCGGCAAUGCAAAAAAAAAAAAAAAAAAAAGAAUUUUGUUAAAGGUGUUUUAUAUCUUUAAUCUUAAUUCAGGUAAGCAAGCCAAUGUUAACAUGUUUACAAAUGAGAUCUCUGGUACAUUACAUGGUCAUUUAUUAGGACAUCUGCCAGUUACCAUUUUCAUUGGUUAAAGAAACUUAUUAAAAUAUCAUUCUUGGCUCUUGUGUACAGGAAAAUUAUUAAAAUUUCAUUCUUGGCUCUUGUGUACAGGAAACUUCAAACAGAAGCAGACACUUCACUUUACGGGACAUAAACCUCAUGAAGAUCAUACUUUGCAGUGGACUGUACCCUCAAGUGGCCAUUCCUGAUGACUGUAACACAUACAAACGGGAUACAGAACAAGCUUUUCAUACGAAGGUAGGGGCACAAUUUGCAUCUCAUCUGCAUCUCAUCAUCAUCUCAUCAUCAACAUCUCACAUCAUCAUCUCACAUCAUCUCAUCAUCACUUCCUCAUCCUGUAGCAUCUGGUGUGGCAUAGGCCAUUAUGGAUUUCUCCCCAUUUUGCUAUGUCUGUCUCUGCCAUCUGGUGCCAUUUUCAUUGCCCUGGACUAUCUAUUUAGCAUCCUUCUCACUGUGUCCCUGGCCCACCCAAUUUUCUUGUACCUUCCUGGUUCAAAUUUUGUUUCUCAAACAUGUUGAUCAAAUUCAUCACAUUUGAAAGAAAAUGCUUAUUAUAAAUAUGAUGUAAAGCUAACAUUAGAAUUUAUCUCAUUUAUAACUCAUUCACUUUUAUUUUUUAAAAUAAUUUAUGCUUUGACUUCUUGCAUAGCUAUAAGACAAAUUAUGUUGGUCAAAACUUACGGUUGCUAAUGUUUGUAUUGUUAUACUCCUAGAAUAAGCCGUUCAUCCUGCUCCACCCAACUAGUAUAUUUGCCAGCCACCCAGAUCUCCUUACACCCAAAGAUUCCAGUGGCAGGAGGCCAGCACCCAGUGAACUCAAGGGGCUGCAAAGCUCCAAACACGAACUGCUCUCCUAUGUGUAAGUCAUCUCAUGCUUUAUCCCUCUUAUGUGUAAGUCAUCUCAUGCUUUAUCUCUCUUAUAUGUAAGUCAUCUCAUGCUUUAUCUCUCUUAUGUGCAAGUCAUCUCAUGCUUUAUCUCUCUUAUAUGUAAGUCAUCUCAUGCUUUAUCUCUCUUAUAUGUAAGUCAUCUCAUGCUUUAUCUCUCUUAUAUGUAAGUAAUUUCAUCCUUUUGCUCUCCUAUAUGUAAGUCAUCUCAUGCUUUAUCUCUCUUAUAUGUAAGUCAUCUCAUGCUUUAUCUCUCUUAUAUGUAAGUCAUCUCAUGCUUUAUCUCUUUUAUAUGUAAGUAAUUUCAUCCUUUUGCUCUCCUAUAUGUAAGUCAUCUCAUGCUUUUUUUUUAAAAAUGGUUUUGUUUAAAUUUGGUUUUAUUUCUGACUGUUUGAAAGGACAAAGAAUGAGAAAGAUGAAAAAAAAAAUUACUUAUCAUUUAUCAACCAUGUUUUAACAUAUUUAGAUUAAUGACACACAAUUUGUGUAAAUAAAACAAUGUAGGUUAAGCUUUAAUAAUGGUCACGCAGAAUACAAAUGCAAACAUUUGGGAAAAUGCCUUGAUCAGUGUAAGACACACACACAAAAAUUAAUAUAGGUAUAAAAUUUACAAAAUAUAUAGAAUAAAUAUGUUUGUUUUUUUCAAAAUUGAAACCACCUGUCCUGUUAAUUUAUUAUAAUUCAUUUAAAGAAUUCAUUUAAAGAAUUCAUUUAAAGAAUUCAUUUAAAGAAUUCAUUUAGCUUUAGAGAUAAUAAUCCUUGCACAUUUCAUUCUGAAUUUGCAUUCUAAACAAACUAUAUAUUUAGUGAAUGAGAAGCAACUUGUGUCUGUGCCCUCAGAUCAUUGCUGGAGACCAACAACAAGCCUUACCUUGUCAACACCAUGAGAGUACCAGCCCUCCAAACUGUCACACUAUUCUCUAAUAGCAUAGACACCAAUGCAGACUGUACCAGGUUCAUAUUUUUCAAUAAUUUAGCCUCUGCUACCACAAAAUAGUUUUCUGAACCACUAGACUUUUACAUUUUGUAAAUCAAGUGGCCUAAUUCAGCUCUGUUCCAUGUGAUGGAGGAUAUUUUAUUGUUUAAUUUUUUGUAAUACACCAAUAUUAUGUAUUCAGUCUUUACAACAAGUAACUUACUACUGAUUGUUAAUUUUUUUUAUUUUAUAUGCCUUUUUUAUACAUAUAUUUUUUUGUAUUGUCCAGGCUUAUCUGUGAUGGUUGGCUUGAGCUCAAAUUUUCUACGGCUGAGAUAGCUGAGAUGGUUGUAUCCAGUAUUAUCCAGCUCAGAUCCACAUGGCACAGUCUACUUCAAGUUAGGCUGAAAGGUGAGGCAUCAGAUUUAGACUCAGGGGUAUGACAUUCUAUGUUAGGCACAAGCUGAAGUGGGUUAAAAUUAUUUGUUUGAGAUUUGUUGUAUAUUUAUAGUCACCUUUAUUUAUUUUCCUUAAGUUUGCUGUUUCAAUGAAAGGAAACAUCGCCUAAUGUCAUGGUUUUUCUUAUUGCUGUAGAUACUUUUGAAGGUAUAGAUGAAGAGAGACGUGUCAGCCCCAGGGCAAGACAACUGGAGAGAAUGUUGGCCAGCAAAUUAACAGAGUACCUCAACUCUGACAUCAUGUACGCUGUGCGCAGAAUUUUACCUGCUGAAAUGCAGAGGGCUUACGUUGGUCCAGGAAAGGGUAGGUGCACAAAGAAAGGAAAAUUAUUCUUCAUAAUGUUUGCCUGUAGUUUUUUUAGCAAGGCACUGAUUUUUUCAUGGAGACUUUUUUAAUGGAAGGAUAGCCAUUGAAUAUCUGAUAAAUGUCAUGUAUUUUGCCAGAGCAACCAGUGUCAUAGGUUAAACAUUUUAACCUAACAUCAAACAUAUUUUGAUCUCUGGCAUGAUCGUAAAUAUACUUUUUUCAUACAUUACUUAAAUAUCAAUCCACUCAAAUAUCAACCGACCGAAAUAUUAACCCACUCAUAUAUCAACCCACUAAAAUAUCAACCCACUCAAAUAUCAACCCACUCAUAUAUCAACCCACUAAAAUAUCAACCCACUAAAAUAUCAACCCACUCAUAUAUCAACCCACUCACAUAUCAACCCACUCACAUAUCAACCCACUCGCUCAAAUGUAAACAAGUUGCUUUUGUUUUUGAAUUUGUAUAGGUUUGUUAUAGCCCAACCUUUUAGGAUACAUUGGUCAUAUUAAGACCUGCUGGUCAUUGUAAUACACUAAUCAUUUUCAAAUCAUCAUCCUUCAGAUCCACUAGCCACGUGCCCUUUGACCUGCCAUUUUAAGAUACACUGAGGUCAUUUAUUAUAUCAUACACUGGUGAUUUUUACUGUAUGGUUCUUUUAAUGCUGAUGCCAUAUUAAAACAUUUCAGGUUUGACUAGUUCAACUGUUCUGGACAAGCUUGUGAGAGGGGGCGGUGCUGGACAAGAACAUCCUGUGAAAGGAGGAGUUCAAGUUACAGAUUACUUUACAUUUAACUGGUACAUUUAUACAAUAUUCAUUCAUAUACAUUUGUACAAUAUGUCAAUUCAUAUACAUUUGUACAAUAUGUCAUUCAUAUACAUUUUUACAAUAUGUCAUUCAUAUUAUGUUUGAAAUCAAACCGUGUAGAAUACAUUGAAGCACUUAAAUGCAUUCCAACAAUUAAACACAGUAUAACAAUUAAGAAACAGUCUCAGCAGGCCCGUUCUUAGGCAUACACUGACUACGCAUCUGCGUAGGGCCCCGAACGUGAGGGGGGCCCCGUGAGGCGCCCCCUCGAUCCCCGUUUUUUUUUUUAAACUGGCACUGCAGUCGUCUGUGUCACUCACGUUACCCUUCCUCAUCCUGAAAUUUAUCAUUCUGAGUUGAAUUCGGAGGCAGGGGAAAGGACGCAGCAGGAGGGAGCUUUGGGGGUGGGAGACAGGAAAUCUGCAGAAUGGAUGUGCCGCAGUGGUGGGUGGUGUUUUCUCCUCAGCUCGAGGGAGCUCCACCCCCGGAUCCCCCCCUUCCGGGGCCCCCAACCUACGCUCCAUGCUUAGGGCCCUCAAACUCCUAAGAACGGCUCUGGUCUCAGGUGGAAUAUUUUCUUAAACACUUUGAUAAGUGGCUCAAUAAAGUCCACUCUGCUACUAGGUGCAAUAAUUUUGAACCUGGAUAUGAUCUUUUGAACAAGAGCAGAGAGAAAAUAUUCACUUGACCUUUUGCAAUCUGUUGUACCGUUUCCUAUCUAGUUGAGAAAUUUAUCAAUAAAUUUAAAUUAUAGUUAUUUUUAGAAUUUUUGGCUGCUUAUUAAGGAAUUUUGGGAAUAAAAAAUAAUUUAUGCACAAGUGAUACGUAUAUUGAAAUAAUCAUAAAUUUAAUACAAAUAUAUGAUUUGAUACUAAUUAACUUUUGCAAUCAAUGCUAUGUCCAGCCUUCUUGAUGAGACCUCAGCCAAUGUGUGGGGAGAGUUUACCCAAGCUAUGCAAAGACACUGGAAGUGUCCACUGUGUGGUCAGUCAAUGCUUGUCAAUGUUCUUGAGAGACUUCAGCAUGAGACAAUCUGUAGCUCAGAAGGUGGACAAGGUAGGUUAAAUCUGUUGUUCAGAAUGUAGACGAGGUAGGUUAAAUCUGUUGUUCAGAAUGUAGACAAGGUAGAUUAAAUCUGUAGUCUAGAAGUGGAAAAGGUAGGUUAAAUCUGUAGUUUAGAAGGUGGAAAAGGUAGGUUAAAUCUGUAGUUUAGAAGGUGGAAAAGGUAGGUUAAAUCCUUAGUUUAGAAGGUGGAAAAGGUAGGUUAAAUCUGUAGUUUAGAAGAUGGAAAAGGUAAGUUAAAUCUGUAGUUUAGAAGAUGGAAAAGGUAAGUUGAAUCUGUAGUUUAGAAGGUGGAAAAGGUAAGUUAAAUCUGUAGCUCAGAAGGUGAACAAAGUAGGUUAAAUCUGUAGCUCAGAAGGUCGACAAGUUAGUUUAAAUAUGUAGUCCAGAAUGUAGACAAUAUAGGUUAAAUCUGGAGUUUAGAAGGUGGACAAGGGAGGUUAAAUCUAUGGCUCAAAAGGUGCUAUGGUUUAGAAUGGGGAAAGCUAGGUUAAAUCUGGUUGGAAAUUAACUGUUUUAAAGGUCUUUUUCUAGAUCAUUUAUUUUGAGCAGCUGUUUGUGUUUCUGUCUAAAACUGCUGUCAUCAAGGGGGCGACAAGCCUCAUUUCAACAAGACUUUGAUGACUAUGAUGUUUAUUUCUUAAGGAAAUUUUGAGAGAAAGUUUAUUUUCCUCUGCAAAAAUAAGAUCUCCUUUCUGUAUCUUAUUAAUUUUCUUCACCAGUUGCAAAACUGGAAUUCAAUUUAGCAAAAAUUUAACAUCAUAAUAACAUUUUUUAUUCUAAAAAAAGUGCUUAUUGAAUUUUAUUAUUAUUAUUAUUUUUUUUUCAAUUUUUUUUUUUUUAAAAUUCAAUUUCGACCAUUACUUCUUGCUGAUCUUAUUAACAAGAGUCUUAUAAUAUUUGUUCCAGGGCUUCUGAGACAGGAAGCUGAGGAGAAUGAAAAAGAGAAAGAACUCAACUUGAAUCCAUUGAGAAAACCUUAUUUCUGCUCUGAAUGCAAUGAGAAACUUUUGCUCACUACCAUAGAGAUAUUAAAACAUAGAAAGACACAUGUUACAUAAAUGUUACAAAAAGAUUGCUUGAAUACUUGUCAAAUAAAUUGUUAACUUUGUUCUAGCAUAAAAUAAUCCUGUCAUAUUUUGAAAUUAUGUAAAUUAAACGAUUUGUUUGUAAGUCAUCUCGUGUUACUAUUAUUUCUACAAUGAUGUUUAUCUAAAGGGAUAUAACAUCACAUAGAAGAUGUCUCAUAUUAAUUAAUAUUUUUUUUUAAGAGUUCAGAGUUAUUCACCUUUACCAGAGCUAUUUACCCUUAGGCUACUCCACCACUUAACUUAUUUUCUAAGUUUCAAUCGAUGCUUCAGAUCUUGUAUUGAAACCACCAUUAGGUAAAGCUGAGAUUUUGGGAAAACACUUAAUUCAUAUUAGAGCUUGGAUAUUUAACCUUUUUUAUUUGACUUCCCUGAACACAGAAAUAAAAUGAAUUGUUUUAAGUGCUUUUAUUUGUAUGUGUCCCCAUUAUGAUUUGUAGCUCAUCCAUCUAUGAACUAUUUGAUGAUGGAAUUGAAAUUAACUUUUGUUUGCUGAGAUACAUGUCAUGUCAAUGAUCUUUUGCUGUUAUGUUCCAC